AUGGCGCCUUCACCGAGCUGGAGUGCAGCUGUGUUGGCCGUGCUGCUGGUGGUCGUCCUGCUAUUGGGGAUGGGAUGCCCGGCGGCCGCUGCGACGCCAUGUACGGACUGCACAGCGCAGUGCAACUCAACAUGCAGCGCCGCCGGGGCAAGGCCGUGCGGCGCCCACUGCAGCCCGGCGCCGGGAUGCCCGAGCUGCCUCGCCGCGUACCACGCCAAGUGCUUGCCGUAUUGCGUGAGCGCGUGCAAAGCCCAAUCACCUGCUGGGUACGACUGCCAAAGCGCGUGCAACAAGACACAGCUGUGCAGCAGCUCGUGCAGCGCCGUCUGCGGCGAGUCGCCGACGUGCAAGGCCUGCCAGGACAACUACUACCGUGGGUGCAUAUCCAGAUGCACCUCCUACUGCAACUCCCACUGCGUCUAG